UAAACAUAACCGUAGUGAUGAGACGUGUUUUUCUUAAAAUGGUUCCAUGACCUAAACUGCCGAAGCCCAUAAUAUAUAUUUUUUUUGGACUGCGGUUGCGUGAAUUUAGUAAAGUUAGAAAGAGAGUAAGGAUAUGUGCCAUAGUUAACCAAUGUAACUAACUGCUGUUUAAAAAGUAGAGUUAAUGCGUUAGCGUUAGCUGCAAUGACAAAGCGCCUUGAGACUAGCUUGUUAACCAGUUAGCUUAGCAGCACCAACAUUUGUGUGUUUAUUUCACGGGUUUUUGCUAUGUACACGUGUAUAUGCGGUUUUUGAUCGUAUUUGCAUAAUUUGUUGGCGUUUUCAAAAUGAAAUAUAGUGUACCAUUCUUUGUUCAGCUGCAUAAUUUACUUUGGUAAAGUUAGCUGAAGGCCACCAGCUGAGAGUCGUUAGAUCCGAGUAAUCCUUUUCUGACUAAACAAAAUACAACACAAGUUUCUCCAGUCUGAAGAAGCGACAUCUUAUGUUGACUGAAAACAGGAAACGACAGCACAGUGGUGGUGAGGAGGAGAGUGGCCACCUGAAAGCCCAAGCCAAAAGGCAGAACCGAGCACAUCCUCUCUCCCCUGAGUCAGGCCGGGAUGCUUGGGACUCUGAGUCAUCCAACAGUGAGAGCAGCAGCAACAUCAGCAGUCCAGAACAUGCAGCUGGGAGCCACUAUGCUGUGGGGCCCUGCAGUCCUCUCGGCUCCAGCAACUCCUCAGAGUUGGCAGGUCCAACAAACCCGGUGUCAUACUUGCAGAUCAACUGCAUCCUCAAGGAGGCCCACUUCCAAAGUCUGCAGAGCCGAGGUCAGCUCAGAGACACGAGAUGAAGCGAUGCUGCUUCGUCAGCCACCAAGGGACUAAUGUCCUGAAGCUUGUCACCUGAUUACAUGCACAUCAUUUCUUUCAGUGCUUCAGCACCCAUCUUCUGGUACUU